AUGGCGCCAAAAACGUCAGCUGUUGUUGACGCUACUGCUGCUACGACAGCUACUACUACUACUACCUCUGCUAUGACAGCUACUACUUCUGCUGCUACUACUACCGCUGCUACAGCGGCUAUUACUGCAGACACAACAUCAUUACUUUCAAAAACAAAUGUUACUGCUGCUGCUACUACAGCUGCUGCUGCUACAACAGCUGCUACUGCUACGACAGCCGCUGCUGCUACUGCUGUUACAACAGCUGCUGCAACAAAAGCUGGAGCUGCCGCGACUACAAAAGCGUCUGCUGUUACCACUACUAAAACAAAUAGCUAUUUGAUAGCAAGCAUUUUAAAACCAUUCCUGAAAAGAACAGCAAAUGAUAGUAUCUCGUUGAGAUCAUCACAAAAGCCAACAAGGAAGAGAAGGAGAUUAUCGUCAGAUGGAAGACAGGAGCCUAAGAAAUAUGCUGAAGAGAGUAGAAUCCUUUCUCUGACCGGUGAUAACAAUCUCAGGAACAGAAGCAACAACAUCGUCAACUGCAUCAACAACAUCAUCAAAGAUAUCAAAAGCAACAAAGACAACAAAAACCACAAUGACAACAAAAACAACAAAGACAUCAAAAGCCACAAAGACAUCAAAAGCAACAAAGACAACAAAAGCAAUAAAGACAACAAAAGCAACAAAGACAACAAAAGCAACAAAGACAACAGAAGUAACAAAGACAUCAAAAGCAACAAAGACAAUAAAAGCAACAAAGACAACAAAAGCAACAAAGACAACAGUGCACAAUCUAAUGGAUUGCCAAAAAAGAAUGUUGCACCUUCAAUUGUAAAUAAUUCUAUAUCGUCAUCAUCAUCAUCAUCCGACGAUGAUGAUGAUGGGGAUAAUGGUCGCGAAAAUUUUUUUGCCAAGAAACUUCUGAAGAAUGUUAACAACAAUAGAGCAAUUAACCAAAGAAUUUCGAAAACCGUUAAUAUAAAUAGUUAUAUACCAUCAUCAUCAUCAUCUGACGACGACGACGAUGAUGCUGAUGAUGAUGGUGGUAGUGAUGAUGAUGACGGUGGUAAUGAUGAUGGUGAUGAUGAUGGUGAAGAUGGCGAUAGCGAUGGUAAUAACAACAAUAGAAUCGUUGACCAAAGAAUAUGGAAAACCAUCGAUGAAAAUGAACAACUAGAUUUAAGUUCUUUGCGUAGAUAUAGCAGGAACGGGGAAUCGUCAUUCUCCUUCUCCGAUUUAGAAAGCACAAAAAAUAGUUUUAGCCCUAACAUUAAUUAUAAUGAUGAUAAUAAUAAUAAUAAUAAUAAUAACCAUAAUUGUCAUUGUAAUAAAAAUGACAAUGAUAAUAGUCAUAAUAGUAGUCUUAAUAAUAAUAUUAAUGAUAAUAUUAGUUUUAUCAACUUGUCCGCCAGUUCUGAUCGAACGAAAUUAAAAAACAUUCAAAAAAGUAUUAGCCAAAAUAAUAAGAAUAAAAAUAAUGCUAGUAAUAGUAACAAUAAUAAUAAUAACAAUAAUAAUAAUAGUAAUAAUGGUCACAAUAACAAUAAUACUAAUAGUAUAAAUUUGUCUGUCUGCUCUAAUCAAACGAAUCUAGGAUUAAAAAGAGGAAUAUCGAACGUAGAUAAGAGUUCUAUCAGCUCUGACGAUGGCGGAACGGCAGCUGAUGUUGGUACUCUCUGGAAUGGACAAAGAACUAAAAAGAUGAAAUUAUCCACCUCACUGAAAACUUUAAUGGUGAAAUUAGUGGAUAUAGCUGCUACUACUACUACGUCUACUGUUGCUAUUACUGCUACUACUACUGCUGCUGCUGCUACUACUACUGUGACUACUAUUGCUGCUGUUUCUGCUACUUCUUCUUCUACUGCUACUUUUACUACAGCUACUACCACGGCUUCUACUACCUUUGCUACUGCUACUACUACUGGUGCUGCUAUCAUUACUUUUACUACUCCGACUUCUAUUGCUGCUACUACUGCUACUACUACUAACACUGCUGCUACUACUUCUACCUCUAUUGCUGUUACUACUACUGCUGCCACUACCACUAAUGCUAUCACUAUCAGUGACGAUGACGACGAUGGUGAUGACGAUGAUGACGACGACGACGAUUGUAUUGUUUUUAGCACACAACGGCCAUUUAGCGGUAAUAGUAAGGAGAAAAAAAGUCAUUGUAGAGUUAUCAGAAUCACCCGAAAUUCGUUGGAUGCGGUUGUGGUCAAGCCAGGUCAGAUCGCCGUGAACCAACAACCGACGAUUAGUGCCGUCAAUAAUAAUAAUAAUAAUAAUAAUAAUAAUGGUGGUGGUGAUAAUGAUUAUAAUAAUAAUUAUAGUAGCAACAAUAAUAGUCAUAGUAAUAAAAGUAACGAAAUCACCACUGCAUCUUUUACUAAUGUAAGUAAUACUACUACUACUGAUACUACAGCUACUACUUCUACUACUGAUGCAGCAACUGCUGCUGCUGCUGCUUUUACUACUACUAAUAAUAAUAGUGGUGAUAGUAGUGUGGAUAGUGGUUUUUGGGGUAGAUGUUUCUCAACGUCGACACCAAUUCAUUACUCCUCCGUGGCUACUGGCCAGGCAGAAAAACGUCAGGUCUUUGAGGCUGAAGAGCAGACGGAAAUCUCUCCAAAAAUAAUGAGUUGCAACCAAAAGAUUAUAAAGAAUAGUGUCUAGGAUUAAAAAGAGGAAUAGCGAACGUAGAUAAGAGUUCUAUCAGCUCUGACGAUGGCGGAACGGCAGCUGAUGUUGGUACUCUCUGAAAUGGACAAAGAACUAAAAAGAUGAAAUUAUCCACCUCACUGAAAACUUUAAUGGUGAAAUUAGUGGAUAUAGCUGCUACUACUACUACGUCUACUGCUGCUGCUGCUGCCGUUACUACUUCUACUACUAUUACUGUUAAUAAUGGCUUACUACAACAUUGUUAAAUUUUUGGACGGAAUUUGGUAUUAAUUCUUUAGAUAUAUAAUAAUAUCUAUUGAACAUACUAAAAAUUGAUUAAUGUUUGCUUGUAUGUUGUGUUUAUAUGAAUUUGUUUGCGUGUGUGUGUUGGUUUGUUUGUGUGUAUGUGUUUUGGUGCGUGUUAAGAAUUGAACUAUAGUGUGUGCGUGUUAAGAAUUGAACCAUAGCGAAGAAUUUUUCAUCUUCCUGGUUCCUUGUUUUUUUAACUUGAUUUGAAUAAAUAUGUGCCUAUGAUUGUUCA